CCCUGACUCAAUCAAACUCCAAAGACAGUGAAUUACAUGUCAAUGCGUCACUUAACAAAAAAGUGAAAGUUUACUUCCAAACAGUUCCGUUUUUCACAAAUAAUGCUCACGUUGUUGAUAGAUUAUUAUCUUGAUAAGGACUCGACCUGCUAUCUCUUCUAAGUUUUAAUGUUGAACAAUGUGAUGAGAUUAAAAGGACUAUUUUCUUGAUACACUCGGUAAAUUCAUUUCCACAUUUGGAAAACGGAGCCUUCAGAAAUUCAAAUAGAUCAGCAGUUGACGCGUUGCCCUUUGCCUGAGGGUAACGCCAAAGCUACAUAUUGUACAUACCGCACAACCGUCUCAUUAAGUGCACUGUCUCCGCCGAGGACGUUACGUGCCUCUGAAAGGAUCCAGAUUGUUUUGUGUCCGUUUUCUUCAGCACAGCAAGAUCAGUGUCUACAUCUAUGGAACAAGACAAAGAAAUUACUGCAACAAAUGACUGGAAAACAGAAUCCGACGCAAGACAAGCCGGUUGGCUAUUUGCACAAGAACUUCGACAAAAUAACAAAGAUUCAAAAACACUAUGUCUGGCCUUGGACAUCAGGGACGACAAAGAAUCGCAAGACCGGGCUUUAGUCUCCUUUUACAAGAGAGACAACAUUCAGUGGGCUUCUCCCCUUAUAUGCAAACUUCAAGGUGACGUUGCAACUGGAAGCGGAGUUCAGCGCCACCUGAUGUCGAUGGUCAUUUUCAGGCUUACCAGCGGAUUCCAUAUGAAUUUAGGAAGUGCAAGCAUUACCAAGCUCUUUGAAGGUGAGCCUGAUCAUCUUAUCCCCUCCAUAUCAGAUGGACUGCUGGACAACAACAUGUUCGCUGUGGCAGGGCGUAUUAUUGGCCACUCAUUUUUGCAUCACGGGCCAAGUUUUCCAGGACUCAGCCCGGCCAUUAUUCACACCCUCUUUGGGGGUUCUUUGGAGACAACUCCAAUAACAGUGCAGGAUUGCCCAGAUCUUGAUGUUCGUGACAUAGUGACAAUGCUCAGUGAAGACACCGAAAUAAACAACCUUGACACCAUCAAUCAGCUCUGCGUGCUAUGGAAUCUCCCCACACCCAAUGAUGCCAACAGGAAGUGGCUCUCUGACCAGCUUCUUUUUCAUGCGGUGAUUGAGCGAACAAGAGAUCAAAUCAAUCAGUUCCAAAGAGGCCUGCAAGACACAGGACUGUGGCCGAUUCUAAUUCACCGAAGAGAGAUCAUCCCUAUCCUGUUUCCGAGGGAGGCAGAGACCCAAGUCACAUCUCAGAUGCUCUUGGAUUGCAUCACAUGGCCUUGUUCCACAACCGUCAUCUUUGAGGAAUAUGAGGCGGUCCACUUUGAUGAUCUUGAUCUUGAGGAUACAUCGAGAGUGUCCAGCUUUUUGAAAAACUUCAUUGAAACCGAAUCUUCAGAUGAGUUAAAGAGUCUCAUUAGGUUCUGGAUCGGAUGGGAGGUGCCAGCUGCAGAAAUGAAGGUGGAAAUAGUAGAAGGUGUUCUUCCCACAGCUGUAACAUGUUUUGAGAAGCUGAGGCUGCCGAGGCAUUACACAGAGUACAGCAAAUUCCGACUGGAUCUGCGCGCAUGUAUAUCCAGCAGUUGGAGUGGCUUUGGCUGCACCUAAAUUAACGUGUAAAGAGAAGGGUGGAAACCAGGAGUGACGACAUGCGUGAAAACGCCAUCCGUCCGUUUCCCGUGUGCUGUUUGAUUUUCAGAGAUACGGCGCCAGGCUGGAACCUACGACGACUGAUUUUCAGCAGACAAUAUUUUAUGUGCCAGCCCCCAGUGUACCAUAACCUUGUUUCUGGUGUAAUUCAAUUUUACGAUACUGUAUUUGAAAAUAUGACAUAUCAACUAAUUUUAGAAGUAAUGAACUGUAGAAUGAAUUUGGCGUCUUCAGAUUUUCAAUAGGUUCAAGAAUGUUAAUUUUUAACUGGUGCCGAGCACUAAAACGGUUUGCAUUCACUGCAAAGCAUAUACUUUGUACUUCACUUUAAAUGCCUGUUCAUGUUAAAAGCGGGUAGACUGAUUCUAUGGUUUCUGUAAAUACAGAAUAAUUGUACAAUAUGUAUGUAAACAAAUUAUUUAUUAAUGUAUUCCUUCUUUUUUCAACUUUUCGACUGAUAAAUUUGAUGUUAAUCCAUUUUUGUGGUGAAUGACUUGUGAGCAGGGAGAUCUGUUCCAACACAAUGAGUUGCUUCUCCAUAUGUGCAAAGCAACGC